UUUCAAAUUUUUUCUUUCCAUACAUUUGUUAGUCCAUGGAACUUUUAUUCCAUCGAUUUGGGUCAGAGAAAUUUCAAUUGCAUAGGUGGAGCAUAUAUGAUUAUUAAUACUACUUUUUAUCCUCUGUUUAAAUCAUGUAUCAUUUUCUUUAGGGAUACUGUUGUUCCAAUGAGAUGGCCGGUGGUUUUCAGCAAUUUCCCUAUAGCUGAUCAUGAGGAGUUCCUUUCAAAACCAUUGUCUGCUUUCAGUAUAACAACUAAUCGAGAAACAGCAACUUCAACAUAUGGGGAGACAGCGAAAGCAGUAAAACCAAUUAUGCUUUAUGUCAAUAAAAAAGAACGACUGUUAUGGAAAAGAAAGGCUGAAGAAGGAGUGAAGGAUUUCUACACUUGCCUUGAAGCUAACCCUGAGUUCUUGUCAAAACCAUUAUCAUCACUAAGUCUUGCAGAUAAGCCAAAAGCAUCUACUUCCACUGAAAUGAAGACAGGGAAAGCAGUAAAACCAAUUAUCUUUUCAAAAAGCAAUGCCAAUCAAAAAGAAAGAUUGUUAUGGAAAAAAAAGGGUGAAGAAGGAGUGAAGGAUUUCAGCACUUGCCUUGAAGCUAACCCUGUGGAGUCAAAACCAUUAUCAUCACGAAGUCUAGCAGAUAAGCCAGAAGCAUCUACUUCCACUGACAUGAAGACAGGGAAAGCAGUAAAACCAAUUAUCUUUUCGAAAAGCAAUGCCAAUCAAAAAGAAAGAUUGUUAUAAAAAAAAAAGGGUGAAGGAGUGAAGGAUCUCAGCACUUGCCUGCUUCAAGGCCCUUUGGAGUUCUUGUCAAAACCAUUAUCAUCACUAAUGGUUUUGGGGCUACUUCUGCUUUUGGGAUUGAUUUUUGGGCUGCUUCUGCUUUUGGGCUUACAAUAUUUGGGAUUGAUUUUGGGGCUGCUUCUGCUUUUAGGCUUACAGUAUGGUGUUUGGUAAAGUUCCCUAGAAGUUGCUUUUGGUCCAAAUAGCUUCUCCCGAAGCUGAUUAUGAGAAGCAACCAAAUCAUAGCUUUUGGAGCUGCUUUUGUGGAAAACACGG